GUUGGAGAAAGGAUACAUGGCCCAGUCUGGUGUCCUUGCUUCUUUCACUCACGGUUUCCAUGGUUUUGGUAGGAGAGCGUGCGAAAGAGUUGUCACAAGGCCGGAUUCAGAAAGCACAGCAACGUGCUCUGUGAUAAUAACAAAGUAUGUUAUCAAAAAGCUGAACCUUAAACAUGCCUCCAGUCGUGAGAGAAAAGCAGCAGAACAAGAGGCUCAGCUGCUAUCUCAGCUAAAGCAUCCCAACAUAGUCACCUACAGAGAGUCCUGGGAAGGUGAAGAUGGCCUCCUGUAUAUUGUCAUGGGCUUUUGUGAAGGUGGAGACUUGUAUCAUAAACUGAAAGAGCAGAAAGGAAAACUUUUGCCAGAGAAUCAGGUGGUGGAGUGGUUCAUUCAGAUUGCUAUGUCAUUGCAGUAUUUGCACGAAAAGCAUAUUCUGCACAGAGAUCUCAAAACUCAAAAUGUUUUCCUGACACGUUCAAAUAUCAUCAAAGUUGGAGAUCUGGGAAUAGCUCGAGUGUUGGAAAAUCAGUAUGACAUGGCUAGUACGCUCAUUGGCACACCUUAUUAUAUGAGCCCUGAGCUGUUCUCCAACAAGCCCUACAAUUAUAAGCUGCCACCAAUGCCACAAGAUUACAGCAUUCAGCUGAAAGAGUUAAUAAGAACCAUGCUUAAUAAAAAGCCAGAGGAGAGGCCCAGUGUGAGAAGCAUAUUAAGACAACCAUACAUCAAGCACCAAAUCUCCAUGUUUUUGGAAGCUACAAAGGCAAAAACAUGCAAAAAUCAUAAGAAAAUGUCUGAUCUCAAACCACAAAGUUCUUCAGUAGCCUCUGGGAAACCUGAAUUGAAAAAUGGAAGUGUAGUGCCCCAGAAGCUUCCUCGUGAACAUACAAGGAAAUCUAAAGGAAAUGAAGAGAAACAUUUUAUCAAUAAUAAAACCUUUGAAGUUUCUUCUUCAGGCAAGCUGGCACCUGAGCCUGAAAAAACUACGAACAAGAAUGAGUUGAAUAGUACAGAUGUCUCUGUGGCAACAAUGAGCAAAGUGGACAUAGUUAUCAUUCCACUGGAAAAGAGGAACUCUAAAAGUGAACAUUCUGUAGAGGACAAAAAAGCCAUUCAUUCAAAUAUUCUCCAUGAAGGAGAGUCUGAAACAUUACUAAAUGGUCCACAGUUCCAGAAAGAAAGGUGGCAGGAAAUUGGGAAGCCGAAGCCAUGCCCUAAAUCCGAAAAUGCAGACUUGAAGAAGGCUAUUGUUGAUGGCGAUGACACCAUGAAUCUUCUGCAACCUGUUUCAGAGGCUCAGAGUACAACUGGUCAAAGUCUGGAUUCCACUGAGAAACUGUUAGCACCAUUUGUUCCUGUUAAAAUUAUUGAUGAAGCUCUCUGCAGAAACCCAGGAAAAAUUAAAGCUAAAUCUCCAAAUGGAAACACCCCUUAUUUUCAGCCCCUGGGAUCUGUUCAUGAGCCUUCCCUCUCACGACAGAGACGGCAGAAGAAGAGAGAGCAAUCUGAGGCUUGUUCAGACAAGAUUAAAGCACUUGUUCCUCGACCACUGCCUUCUCUUCAUGAUGUGAAUGCAAAAACACGGGAAGACAACACAGAGAGGCAGGAUGCUGCAGGUGCAAGGACUGUAAACAGAUCUAGAAACACAGACGUCACCGUUUCAAAGGAUCGGCCACUGUCGGCACGAGAGAGGAGGAGGCUAAAGCACUCUCUGGAAGACAUGCUUCCUUCUGUGCCUCCUACAAGACGAGCAUCUCACAGUGCAGUAACAGAAGCACAAUUGCCAGAAAAUGCUAGACAGAGUCAAAUUGCUCAGUGUUCCUCAGAGCCCAGUAUUUGCAAGAAAAAGAACUUAAUUGGUUGCUUUACUGAAGAUGAACUAAACUCUUCCACCAGUUCCACAGAAAAAUCAGAUGGGGACAGUAAAGAAGGAAAAACAAAUACAAAUGAAAUGAAUGACUUGGUACAACUGAUGACUCAAACACUGAAAAUGGAUAAUAAAGAAAAUUGUUCUCAAUCUGCAAUACCAGCUCCUGAAUCGCAGUUCAGGCUUAAUAGGAAAUAUAGAGACACCCUUAUCUUACAUGGGAAAGCAUCAGAAGACCCAGAUGAAUUCCAGUUUCAGGAAUUUCCUUCAGAUGUUCUGUCUGGUCCUGAAAAGGUUAAGAGACUGGUUGAAAUCUUAAGGGCAGAUGUGGUGCAAGGACUUGGAGUAAAGCUUCUAGAAAAGGUGUAUGAUGUCAUGGAGGAGGAAGAUGAACAGAAAAGAGAGCUAUAUUUGCGGGAGCUCAUGGGAGAUAAAUACACUUCUUACAGUAUGAAAGCCCGUCAUUUAAAGUUCCUGGAAGAAAAUGUGAAGCUUUGACAGAUGCCUCAGUUGAACUUCACCAUCUUGAAGAAAAAGCAGAACUUUUAUUCAACAAUUCCUUUUAAUGGAUUCUUUUCAUUUUGCAAUGUCGAAUAAUUCAUGGGGUACAUUUUAUACUCUGAUUUUUUAAAAAAAUCAUUUGUUGGUAGAGCCUAGCCUAUAAAUAGAAGCACAUAUUUCUUAAUGGAUUAUUUGACUAACUGUGCUUGGGGUUUUUUAUACAAGUGGUUCACUUUUAAAAGUUUGAUUUUUUAUAUCUUAAAUUAUUUCCUUUUACAUCUUAACUUUGUCAAUAAACAGCUUAGGUUACAAUUCCACACAUAGUUACAGAAUGAGCUAUGUCAGAUUUUGGAGGGACUUGCAUGUAUGUAAUAAGCGCAAGACUGCAGCCCAAGCACAUAACUGGCUUGAGGAAUAGUAUAAUUCUCAAAUUGACACACAAAAGUUAUAGUAAAACAUAAGUCUUAACAGCAGUACACAUUCCUGUUCUCAAACAGCAAUCUGAAAAGUUCUUUAUAUGUAGAUAUUGAAAGAGUUAGUUAUUCCAGUUGACUUAUUUAUACAUUUCAGUUUGGAACAAAAAAAUAUUUGUUGCAGAACUAUGCAUUCUUCCAGUCAAAGCUUUGAAUGUAUUAUAGCUUUUUGUCAUUGUUCAUCUUUUUAAAAGAUUAAUGAAGCUGACUUUCGUAAAUAAUGCUUGAGUCUCUCAUGUUUCUUUGCUUUGAGCAAAAUCCCCUUGCUUAGAAUAAAGCCACACCUGAUUGUCUUUUCUAUUUGCUCUAACACUUAUACUAUCCAAGCUCUGGCUUCAACUGAUUUGCAUUUGUUGGCUAACACAUUUAAAGGAAUUAGUGAUGUACACAUGUGGCUUUUUCCUUCAGCUGUACCAAAGAUAAGUCCUAUAAUUCUGAUAAGGGUAAAUUCCAGUUUAAGGCUGGUCCAUUUUGCCUUGCAUCUAAGAUGGAUGGUGUUAGUUAAAUGUGACAAUAUCUGGGUUAGCAAUUAGGCUUGAUAUAUAAAAAUGUCUGAAAGAAGAGCUUUCCUUUUCUCCACAGUUCUUAAUCAAAUCCUGGUGAGAAUGUGGAUGGCAUAGAGUGGGGUGGGCAAACUAAAGUUUCUGGGAGCUACUUUUUGUGUGUGCAGGAGUUAAAAAAUGCUUGCACAAAAUAGCAGUUUGUACAGAUUCAUAUUGACAGACUAAAGGAUUUUAACAGCAGAACUCCUGAAUUCCAGGAUAACCUUGCUCCAGGAGGAGAGGAAUAGAAGCUGCUUUCUGCCUCCAGCCAGCCAGAUUUUCAGUACUGCCUGGAAGGGAUAAGCAAACCCAAACAGCUGAGGAGCUACUACUACGUCCCUAGUUAUCUAAUGCCCACCCCAGUAGACUGGAUUAUGGCACAAGCCUAUCACAACAGCUAAUAUUAAGGCUUGCAAAGGGGGCGUGCAGAGAAAUCAAAUAACUGAGAUCUUAGUUCAAUUCAUAAUACUCUAGGGCCAUAUAUACAUGCAUACCAAAUCACUUAAUUAGUGUGGGCACCUGAAAGUUUUUCCCUUUUUCAGUGUAGGUUGCAUUUUCAUACUAGUUUCUCUAUAAAUAACUGAAGUAGUAACUACAUUAAAAAAAUGAAGUGUCUUAAGAAUUCUCUAAAGGUGAAUUGCCUACCAUUAAUGCUUAUCAAAACUUUAUCUAGAAAACAAAUGUUUAAAGCUGCUUUGUUAAAAUAAAACACUCAGGUGAUUUUUCUUAACUUCACAUA